AUGGAGACAGCCCUUACUGCAGCAGCAGCAGCAGCUGCUGCUGCUGUUGCUGCUGCUGCAGUAACAACACCUUCAUUGGUCACUCCUGCUGCUAAUGAUACUGCUGCUGGGUGUGAUGCUGAUGGUGCAGCAGCAGCAGCAACAGCAGCAGCAGCAGCUACUGCUGCUGCUCCAUUGACUUCAGUAGUGAAUGGCAAUAGUUCUGCUGCUGAAAGCAGCAGCAGCAGCAGCAGCAACAGCAGCAGCAAAAGCAGCAACAAUGAUGGCUACUGGUCAGAGGAGACGUUUGCUUCUGCUGCUGCUCUUCUAGAGGCCAUUGAAAGGCUUCCUACUAGCAGCAGCAACAGCAGCAGCAGCAGCAGCAACAGCAACAGCAACAGCAGCAGCAACAGCAGCAGCAUUAAACGUCCAGUAGAUAACUCUUGUCCCUCUCCUACGACCACCUGCAGCAGCAGGAGCUGCAGUGAUAGCAGCAGCAGCAGUUACUGUAGCGCAGACGAGCAACAACAGCAGCUGCUGCUGCUACAACAACAGCAGCAGCACGACCCAGAGCAGCAGCAGGAGGAGGAGGAGGAGCAGCAACAGCAGCAGCAAUAUGUUGUUGAUCCUUAUGUUUGUGCUCGUCUUAUUCAUGAUGCAUUAAAUUUAUUAGUUAAUGUCCUUAGGGUAUAUUAUUGUGACUGGGCAUCAGGCAUUCGUCGUUUUCUCUCUGAGCAACCACAAGGGCCAAUUGCCUUCGUUCUUGGUACCCGUAAUACUGAUCCUUGUGCACAAGGAGAGGAACUAUAUCCUAUCCAAUUAUCUAGUAAUUGGCUCCCUCCUUUCUUACGUAUACAACCUUUGCUGCAGUUUGCUUAUGGGCAUAUAUGGUGGUUGCUGCUGCAGCAGCAACUUCCUUAUUGCUCCCUUUAUGAUCAAGGAUAUACAAGUAUAGGAAAGAGAGAGAGGGGAGAAAAAAGCAUGCAGCAGCAGCAGCAGCAGCAGCAGCAGCAGAAGGAGGAGGAGGAGGAGGAGGAGAAGAAGAGGAAGGAGUAG